GAACACCUGGCAGCCAUGGAUAUCCUGGAGUUAGAUGUCCAAUACAAGCAAAAAGUUGCUGGCAAUGAGAACCAGGAGACUGGUCUUUCUUGGUUUUAAUAAGGAAGAUCUGCCCCAAACUCCUUGCAUGCUCUCCUCUCCACAUCUAGAGAAUGCAGAUUUCUUGGAAUGUCCUUGAUUCAAUUUUAUUUCUCAUGGAAGAAAAGGACCCUGCUGCUUAAGCUACUGCCAUUUUUGGUCUCCAGCACCGUCUACUUUACUCUUUUGCCCAUGGAGCCCAGCUUGCUGACCACUACUGUAAAGUGCCUCCCAACGCUUGCCCUGGCAUUCUUUGUGGCCACUCAGUUCAAGAGUGCGGGUGUCUUGACACCAUAUGCCCGGCGGAUUUUCCAGGGCCUCUUGUUCUCCUGUGUGGGAGAUGCCUGUUUGGUGUGGCCAAAGUUGUUCUUGGCAGGAAUGGGUGCCUUUGCCAUCUGCCACAUCUCCUACAUCUCAGCCUUUGGCCUGACUCCUCUUCGGCCUCUCACCUUCCUGGUCACUGAGGGUCUUGUGGCUAUUUGUUACGUCAUUAUCCUGCUGCCCUUUUUGUCAGGCAUCUACAUGUGGGCAGUGCUACUUUAUUCAGGCCUCCUUGGUAUCAUGGCCUGGCGUGCACUGGCUUGCUCCAAAGCCCUGGCUUCAAUCGGCAGCUUGAUCUUCAUCGUGUCUGAUCUGUUGGUUGCCUAUGACAAAUUCUGCAUCUCCCAUUCUCUUGCCCAAAUCCUGAUCAUGAGCACUUACUACCUUGCCCAAAGCUUGAUUGCCAUCUCAGUAACUUCCCAGAAAAUAUCCAGAAAGGAGAACUGAGCCCUGGAUUGGACUGCUGGGUUGUCCUUCAGGACCAAGAGAACCUCAGGCGUUCUGCCUCUCAAAUUCACGCAUCUCAAGUUCAACUAACUUCUGGAUGUGUUGGGACUACAACUCCCAGGAUUCCCAGCUAGUAUGGGCCAACAACUGUGAAAAAUCAGCAGCAGUUGUAUCCAUAACCCCCAGCCAAUGUGGGCUUUGUGGAUU